GAGAAGGUCCUGGUGGAGGUGUGAUGGAAGUUGAUACGACCGCAGGAAAGGCUGACACUACGAUGUUGGAUACUUCCUCCACGGUGCUAUCUGGAGCAGCAACGGGUGUGCCGAACGAUGACACGAGCGCCGUGGAUAGAGAAGCGGAUAAAGGAGACAGUGCUACGGGUCAGGGUCAGGAAAACUCUCCCUCUACGAAUUCUGCUGCGCCAGGUCAUGCUGAGACAGCUGCUAAGCGGCUUGCAAGAGGUGACAGUGAGCCCAUGAAUACACCAGGCCGUACGCAAGAAUUUCUGCAAGCUGAGCCCGAGACAGCGCAAAUGGCGGAGGCCCCUAAGAAGAUCAUCA